AUGUCCUGGAACCACGUGGGCACCGCCGUGCUGGUGCGAGCGGCCACCGAGGACGGCAACACCGGGAAGACCUACUACGAAGAGGCCAGCCUCUACUUCCUCCGCGCGGAUGGAGAAGAGACCGCGCUGGUCGCGGCGGCGGAUGGCGGGCCUGUACACGACGUGCAGUGGAGCCCAACGCAGGAUGAGUUCCUGCUGCUUCACGGGCAGCAUCCUUGCCCAGCAGCGCUCUAUGAGGGCCGCAAGGGCAGCAAGCGGGUGGACUUCGGCGCGGCCUUCCGGAACACCAUCAAGUGGAACAACUUCGGGCGCUUCUUCGUGCUGGGUGGCUACGGCCAGUUGAAGGGUGACACUGACUUCUGGGACAAGGUGGGCAAGAAGGUCAUGGGCUCCAGCCACAUGGAGUGCUGCGUGGUGUGCGGCUGGGCUCCGGACGGCCGGCAUUUCCUGACCGCCACCACCGCACCCAGGAUGCGGGUGGACAACAAGAUCGAGGUCUUCGACUACCUGGGCUCCGGGCUCGGGAAGAUCGAGUUCGAGGAGCUCCUACUGGCAGGCUGGCGCCCGAGACCCAGAGGGGCCUUCCAGGACCGACCGCCCACGCCUGGCCGCUCCCGAGAAGUACAGGCCAAGCCAAAGCCAAAGGCUGCUGCGGCUUACAGGCCUCCGAACGCGCGGGGGGGCGGCGGGCUGGCAGAGCAGCUGCGGAAGGAGCUGGGCUCCGCUGCGGAGGUCACCACGGCCACCAAGGUGGGCGCCUCUGCGGUGCACUUGCCGCCAGGGGCCUCGCCGGAGGACUUCGCUAAGGCCUCCGGCGCCAGCGGUUCCAGCCGCAACGCCCGGAAGAAGAAGGCCAAGGAGGCCGCGGAGAAGUCGUCAGCGCCGCAGGCUGAGGAGCCCAAGUUCGCACCUGCCCCACGAGGCUGGGGUCCAGAAUGCGUCCGGACGCAUGCUCCAUCAGAAGACUCCGAGCCCGCGCCUUCCGCGGCUUCCGCGGACAUGCCGGCGGGUGGAGGUGAGGAGCUAGAGAAGAAGGUCCGGGCUCUGAGGAAGAAGCUUCGAGACAUCGAGAAGUUGAAGGAGAAGGCGGCGUCUGGCGGGCCUCUGGAUACACUGCAGAAGCAAAAGCUGGAGGGUGAAGCUGAGAUCCUUCGGCAGAUCCGCGCUUUGGGGGCUGAGCCUUGA